GUGCUGUUUAGUUUCAGAUGGCAGGUUAGUGCUUGGUCAGUUUCAGUCUUGGUUUUGUGUGUUCCCUGUGUGAUACAGGCAGGCUGCUGAGUCAGCUCCAGGUUCAUCCCUGACUUCCUUCCCAGAUCCUGCUUCUUCCCUCUGUGGCCCACGCUGUCCAACACUGCCAGACAUCUCUGCCCCUGGUGUUAGGUGUCAUAGUAAGAGGAAAUACUCAGUGAAGAGAAGAUUAAUGAAUAAAAGGGAAACCAGAGGACAUUCUAGGAGAAAAUCUCAACUAAUAACCUCAGAAGGAAUCUAACUUAAACCAAGUCUUGGAAAGCUCAAACACAUUGGAUGUGGAUUUCUAUCUAGAAAUUAGAUUACACUGGGCAUAUAUAUAUUUGGACAACCUGAAACAGAACAGGCCUGCAGUGGAUUUACAUAUUUGCAGAGGAUUUGCAGAAGAACAUAUUUCAACAAGUUUAUGUGGGAUAUUACUACAGCUUUUAUUACUGAUCGUUGAGAAGCAACCUGAAGAACCCUAGGAGAGCCUUGAUAUCAGACUGCUUGAAGGAAGUACCAGGGGGACGGCUGCACCAACAGGAAUUCACCAGCCCAACUAUGAAUGAGAGGAGACGUGUGGGCUACAAUGUGCACAGAGAUGUGCUGGACGAAGGAGAAGUGGACAUAUUGGCAGAGAAAUCCAAUGUUACUGUCCCUUUUUCCAGAAAAAUUAAAGAGGCAAUGAGGUGUUCUGGCCCCAGGCUAAAGAGCUGUAUGUUGUCAUGUGUUCCUGUCCUCUCCUGGCUGCCUCGCUACUCCUUCAGAGAAAACACCAUGGGAGACCUGAUCUCAGGCAUCAGUGUGGGCAUCAUGCAUCUACCUCAAGGGAUGGCCUAUGCUUUGCUAGCAGGGGUCCCUCCAGUGUUUGGACUCUUCUCGUCAUUUUACCCCAUUCUCAUCUACUUCAUAUUUGGAACGUCCAAACACAUCUCUGUGGGAACAUAUGCGGUGAUGAGUGUGAUGAUUGGAGGAGUGACAGAGCGCUUGGCUCCAAACUUAAACUUCAUGAUCUGGGACAACGCCACCAAUCAAACCGUACUGGACAUUGUAAAUCGAGAUGCGGAACGAGUAAAAGUAGCUGCUGCCGUGACAUUCUUAUCCGGCCUAUUCCAGGUGCUGUUGGGCCUGGUGCAGUUUGGCUUCGUGGUGACUUACUUGUCUGAACCCCUGGUUAGGGGGUACACCACGGGAGCAGCCAUUCACGUCAUCGUCUCUCAGCUCAAAUAUACGUUUGGUAUCAGCCCGGAUCGUCACAGCGGUCCUUUCUCCUUGAUCUUUACCGUAAUCGAAGUAUGUAAUCUGUUACCGAAAACCAACGUCGGCACACUGGUCGUAAGUCUGGUCACUAUUGUUAGCCUCAUCGUCGUCAAGGAGCUCAACACCUAUCUGGGGAAAAAACUUCCAGUACCCAUCCCAGUUGAACUCCUGGGGAUCAUCAUCGCCACAGUGAUUUCCUGGCAGGUCAACCUGCAUGGAAAAUAUGGAGUGGAAGUGGUGGGAGAGAUCCCUUCUGGUCUCCAGCCCCCUGUCCUGCCUGAAGCCUCUAUCUUUGGCCAGGUGAUAGGCGAUGCCUUUGCCCUGUCUGUUGUUGGCUAUGGCAUUGCCAUCUCUCUCGGAAGAAUCUUUGCCCUAAAAUAUGGCUACAAAGUGGACAGCAACCAGGAACUGAUAGCCCUGGGUCUCAGCAACUCCAUCGGGGGCAUUUUCCAAUGCUUCGCAAUUAGUUGCUCGAUGUCUCGCAGCAUGGUUCAGGAAAGCACAGGGGGGAAGACUCAGGUGGCCGGUGCACUUUCAGCCAUGGUGAUUCUCAUCAUCACCAUGUGGAUUGGGUCUCUCUUUGAAGAACUGCCAAAGGCUGUUUUGGCAGCAAUCAUCUAUGUGAACCUGCAUGGCAUGAUGAAGCAGUUUAUGGACAUCCCAACUCUGUGGAGGAGCAAUAAAGUGGAUAUGUUGGUAUGGCUGGCCACUCUGAUCUUAACGGUGCUCUUCAACCCUGACAUGGGCCUGGCAGCCUCCAUUGCUUUCUCCAUGCUCACGGUCAUCUUCAGGACCCAGCUGCCAAAGUAUUCCCUCCUAGGGCAGGUCCCUGAGACUGACAUCUACAGACCAGUGGAGGGCUAUAAUAAGGUGAAGGAGAUCCCUGGGAUAGUGAUCUUCCGCUCCUCUGCCACCCUUUAUUUUGCCAAUGCUGAGAUGUACCAAGACGCCCUGGCAGACAAGAGUGGGAUUGACAUCACUAAGCUCAUCUCUCAGAAGAGGAAAGCGGAGGCCAAGAGAUUGAGAAGGGAAAAGAAAGAGGCCAGGAAUGCCAAGAAGAUAAAAAACAACACCGCAAAGAGUCCGGAGGUGGAGCCAGACCAAUUAAAUAAGGAUGUGGAGAAAGAUGGGGCAGUCUCCACCCUUCCUCAUGCCAUCAUCCUGGACCUUAGCCCAGUAAACUUCCUUGAUACUGUGGGUGUGAAAACGCUUCGCGGUAUUCAGAGGGACUACAGUGUUAUUGGUGUAGAGGUGGUCCUGUGUGGAUGUCAGACUGCUAUUAUUGAGAAUCUAGAGAACUGUGGGUUCUUCAGUGAUGGAGUCACUAAAGCGUGUAUCUUCUCUUCAAUCCACGACGCUGUGCUUUACUGUCAGACAGACAAGGCCCAGAUGGACAACGAUGAUGGGGAAAUGCAUGCAACCCAUUUCUAAAUACCUUGGGGAAGCGUAACAUCUUACUGCAUGGUCCAUGAGCACUAAGUAUGUUCAGAAUGCUUGACACAGAUACACAGAGACACAGCACCAAGUGACACAGAUUAAUACUUUAUGUACAUUGAAACAAAAUAAUAUUCUCUCAUGACUUCCCUGUAACUUAACUGUUUCAUAACUUUUAUACUGAAAUAUAUUUACAUAUUCUGUGCUAAAAAAUGACUUAUUUUUAUUGAUUAAAUUGUUAAAUAAAUACAUACAUACAUAGCUUUUCUUCCUAUAAUUGCCAGCUGAUAUAUACUAUAUUUAGCCAUCUUCUAUUAUUAUAAGCAAAUGUGUAGUAUGUUGUACUGUGCUCAGAAUAUUCUACUUGGUAAUGCAGAGCCAAGAGCUGACCUCUUUUGCAUUUGCAUUUGUUAACAAAAUUGUGUGCACAAUAAAGAUAUUUGAGCUGUUGGCAAAAUAAACAAAUACAUUCAUUAAUAAAUAAAGGUUAUUAAAGUAUUAAAAUACUGGAAGGGGCCAGUUCAAUUUCAUUAUAUAUUUAGCUUUUUUUCAUGUGAAAAUGCACUGUUAUUUCUAACUCUUUCUCUCUCUGUCACACACAAAACACACUGACACACAGGGAGAGAGAGUAUGGGGCAUCCCUGUCUAAACCAAUUAUGUGUUACACAUAACAUUAAACCAAUUAAAACCUAAUGUGGUUGAAAAGGUUUUUCUUUGGCUGACCAAAAACAUCAACUAAAAUGCGUUGCAACACUGGAGAAACCUGUUUUUCAUAUUUGUGCGCUGUUGUUGUGUUCUACACCACCCGUUUCCAAUAACUCUCAACAAUCAAUAGGAAGAGUUACAUGUGAAGGGAUGUUACUCAGCAAGAACACGAAGGAGAUAAAUGUGAACAGUGA